UGUCCCCCUCCGGCGGUGACCGCGCAGGGCCGGGCUGCGAGGGCGGUUUCAGCCUGGCUGCCACGCGGCCUCCGCCGCCGCCGGGGAGCCCCCGCCUCUCGGGGCGGCAGCGCCGAGGCGAUGGCGGCCGAGAAGCACGGAGCGCGGAGUGAGGCGGCGGUGGAGCACUUCCUGAAGGCCGGGCGCCUGGCGGCCCGGGACGGGGCGGAGAUCCGGUGGUGGCACGCAGCGAACAGCCGGCGCCGGGCCCGGGAGGCCGCCCGCAGUGCAGUUCACAUGGUAGAAGCAGAUGUCCUCCUUCGAGGUGGUGAGGGAGGAGAUGGAGACCCUAUCAUGGCUCAUCCCCCUGAAACAGACAGCGACAUCACGCUGCAGGAGUGGCUGGCUGAGAUGAUCGGCACAGAUAAGGGCAUCAAGCUGGAUUUUAAGAGCCUUGACGCCGUACGGCCCUCCCUGGAGCUGCUCCAGCUUGUGAAGCCGCGUUUGGAGCGACCUGUUUGGCUCAAUGCAGACGUCCUCCCAGGCCCCAAUGGGAACAACGCCGUCAUGGAUGCAAAGGGAUUCCUUGACACCGUCACCUCGUUUUUCCCAGAGGUAACCUUAUCGCUGGGGUGGACGACUGGCUGGCACCCUGAACAGCACAAUGAAGGCUACAGUUGGACAAUGGUGAAAGAAAUGGCUCAGAUAUGCAGUACACUCUCUCAGCCCGUUACAUUCCCUGUACGGGCAGCAUUAGUACGACAGUCAGUGUCUGAGCUGUGCUGGUUGAUAGACCAGUCAGAUCGGUACAGCCUCACCGUUUGGACAGGCAAACAGGAUGUGUAUUCUGUAGAAGAUCUGCUUUUCAUCCGUGAGAACUUUGAUAAAAGUAGGGUUUAUUAUGACAUCUCAGAACCACAAAAUUCUGAAUUUAAAAAAGCUAUAGGAAUAGAAUGUGAAAUAUGAAGCCUACAAGGUUUUUAGUACAAUUGCCUGAACAAGGAUGAUAGCACACCUGGUCGUGUGGUGUCGUUUUUUUGGAUGAUGACCUUUCCACCUUACUACUUUUCAGGAGGAACAGGACUUAGAACCCACGAAAGCUCCCAUUAACCAGAGUUCUGGACGUUGCUUUGAGUCUACAGUACGUACAAUAAGCGUAAUAAGUUAACAGUACAUUUCUAAUUUACUGCCAGCGUGGGCCAAGCCUUGAAUUUUUCUGUGAAUUUGAUAGAACUUACGCAGUAGAUGUCACAAAAGAAAACUGGCAUCCUGUUAUUCCUGUGUAACUACUCAAAAAAACCCUGAAGUUAAGAUGUGAAUACCAUGAUGUUGAAAACAACAUGUACUGAUUUUCUGAGGUUUGCAUUGCUUAAAUGUGCAGUGGAAUCAAACAAAGUGCAUCAAAAGACACAUUUUUUUAUGAACGGUUCUCCCUAUCUUCAUCUUCAGCAUUUAUAUGAAGAGUUACUCAGUUUUGGCCUACUCUGACUGCAAAAAAUCCUAUCUUCAAGUUAGAUCUAAAACUCUUACAUUGUAUGUAUCAGCUGCCUGAUUAGGCCAUUUGAUGAGGUUAUUACAGAUUUGGUCUUGUGUUUCACUUUCCAUUUCCACUGACCCCUAUUUAUUGUAACUGACCGCUUGCUCCAUAAAGCUUUCACGUAUGACUUAUGUUGUGCUAUUUGGAGAUGGAAUAAUUUGAUGGCAGCAGCUGGUGCAUGUUAUCUUUUUCCUGUCAGCCGUGAUUAUGUACCAGUAAGGUACGAGAGCCUUCCGAGUCCCCUCACGAAGAAUCAGGUGUACAUAAACGUCCGCCUCUGCGAUCCACCUUUGGGAAGUUCUGUUGCUACUGAAGAAGGUGGGGACAGUGAAUUACACAGAAGGUCUUUGUGCCUCAUUGAAUAAUUUGUGACAAUCUAGCCCUGUCCUUCCUUUUCUUACAGCAAAAUUUUAGAAAUAACAGUGUUGUGGAAUUCAAAACUCCUGAGCUGUUUUUUUUUUUAUUAUUACUUUUUUGGUUGGUUGGUUUUCAUUUUGGUGUUUUUGGGUUUUUUUUUUGGAAGUUUUUAGGGGCAAGAUACUGGAGUAUUAUGAAAUGCAUCCUACACUACAUUCAAAUUCAGGGGAAAUUCAAAUGUUCUAAGAUUUUUUCAAUUUAUUUGCAAUUUAUUUUGAUUUUCAGUGAAUAUUUGCUUUAAAAGGGGUAAAACUACUAAUGAAAAGAUAUGAGCAAGUGCUGGGGCACAUUUUUAAAGAAAUAUUCUUUUUCAUAAACUUCCUGUUUAUUCAAAGAUCUUUUUUUUUCUAACAUAAUACAUUCUUGCAGUUCUUGAAAUUUUAAUUGAAGAGUAGUAUUGAUAGCUAUUGUGUUCCAGUGUUUGUAGACUUAUUCUUUAGUUUCUCUCUCAUUGCUGUAAUGUCUGAUGGUUCAUGCAAUGUGUCUCCAUGAUGCCUAGGUUUAUAUCUGUGUAUUAGCUUGCUCUAUUCACUGACGGUUUUACCAAGAGUUUUACAUACAAAUCUUGUAUGGACCAAUGUGCAAAUGUAAGGUCUCCUAAAUAAAAUCCACGCUUGGGUGUUGUGUCA